UGCAAAACUUUUCCAGUGCAAGUUAGAAACUCGCCCCCAGCGGAUCGAUUAACGAUGAUCGGAAUUAGAGCGAGUGCCGGGCGUCUUAUCGGUUCCUUUCUAAGGAUACGGCCCAGUGAUUCCAAAUUUCGUCAACUAUCAUCCGGGCAGUCGUACAUCCGGAAAAACGUAGUGGAGCCAUCGGUGCUCAACGGUUUCCGAUAUCGGUUUGCGGAGUCGAAAGAUCGCGAACUGUUGCGUGAUGGGUUGGAGCGAUAUUUCUUCCCGGAAGAUCCAAUCAGCGCUUCGCAUCGCGAUGGUCCCGACUACGUGGAGGACGAUAUGGAGCAUCUGCUGGAUAUGAUCGAUACCGAUCAGGUGCUUCUGGCCCUGGACGAGUCCACCGGAAAGCUGGCCGGAUUCUGUGGCGCCUCGUAUAUCACACCGGAUAACGUUGACAAAUUGCGCGCAGAAGCAGCGGCCGCCAGAACGAGAAAAAAUCGGGACAUCAUGCUGCUGAUGGCGCAUUUUGCCGAUCACACCAGGGUCUGUGAGCGGUUCGAGGUCGAUCAGGCAUUCCACAUACAGUACGGUGGGGUGAAUCCGGAAUUCCGAGGCCACGCCCUCGCCAGCGUUAUGAUGCAGAAACAUUUCCAGGUGGCGCUGCACUGCGGGGUGCGGGUUUUUAGCGGCGAUUGUAAUGGACCUUAUAUGGCAAAAUCUUGCGAGCGAAUCGGAAUGAAAUGUCUGUACAAAAUCUCCUACAGCGACUACCGGGACGAGAAUGGGGAAAUUGUGUUCCACGGCAAGAAAGGCUACACCGAUUUGAAAUGCUACGGAAUGAUGGUGUGAACCGAUUUGUCGAAUAGAAUUAAUUUUAAUGAUUAACAUUUGGUUAACGAUGCGGUUAUGAAAAAAUAAAUACGAGUUUUUUACGUUUCUGAAAAA